UAGUGCAUGCCAGCAUGCUGAAUGUGCUGUUAUUGACUUACUUGACCUAACGUUGCACGUGUAGGCUAGUUUAUAAGUGAUCGAGACCACAUUCUUGAAAAAAGAAAGCUCGUGAGCGCGCUCUGGAGGAGGAGCUUCGCUGAAACUAAACCGGCACGUGCGCUUAAUAGUCAUGUCAAGAGCAGGUUAAUAAGUAGACAGUCACUAUCGAGGAUGGCGUGCUUACAAAUACUGAUCGGUUGUCUAUGCAUUUAAAAAGAUGUUUAUUUGCUUUGACCAAAUCAUGACUCGAAAGGAAAAGGGAUGAUAUGGAAUUUGGGGUACCACUCACAACCAUUAUAAACCUUGGAGGACUAAGGAUAUUUUUAAAUAUAUCUCUGAUUGUGUUCGUCUGAAAGAAGGUAGUCAUAUACACCUAGGAUGGCUGGAGGUACAGAGAUGGAAAAGCCCCAAGAGAUGCAGGAAAAGCAGCAGUCGUCCCCGCAGAUGGCGGCACCUGAUGGGGGUUGGGGCUGGGUGGUGGUGGGGUCUCUUUUCGUGAUUUCUGCCCUGGUGUUUGGGAUCAUCCGCAGUCUGGGUGUCUUUUUCGUGGAGUUUGUGCUGUACUUUGAUGAGAGUGCUCAGGCAGUGUCAUGGAUAACAUCCAUUGGGUUGGCCAUGCAACAGCUAAUGAGUCCAAUAGGCACAGCUUUAUGUAAUGUGUAUGGAGCUCGUCCAGUUGUUAUGAUGGGAGGAUUCCUCUCAGGCCUGGGAUUCAUUCUGGCUUCCCAGGCAACAUCUCUUUUACAUCUUUACCUGACCAUGGGAUUAAUUUCAGGUUUAGGCUGGGCACUGGUCUUCACUCCUACUGUUGCAUCAGUGAUGCAGUAUUUCACCAUGCGGAGAUCUCUAGCCAUGGGCCUGGGCUUCACAGGCGUCGGUCUUGCCUCUUUCGCCUUCUCCCCGCUUUUUCAAUAUCUAGUAAAAGUUUAUGCUUGGCGUGGGGCCUUGCUUAUCCUCGGAGGCCUCAGCUUCAAUAUGAUCGCUUGUGGAGCUCUCAUUCGACCUCUAGGGAAUCUAAAAGUUGGGAACAAGACUGAAAAAUCAACCAACCUCAACAGAUGGUCUUUUUUACGCUCCCGUAUCUACGAGUGCUUUGAGCUUUCCCUGCUUUCACACCGAGGCUUCGUCACGUAUACCGUGGCCAUCACCUUCUUCAAUGCGGGCUACUUCAUCCCCUACGUUCAUCUGGUCGCCCACAGCCGUCACAUUAAUUUCACUGAGUACCAGGCAGCCUUUGUAAUCUCUGUAACUGGUGUGGCAGACAUCAUGGGCCGCGUAGCCUCCGGCUGGGCCUCGGAUCUGGGCAAAAUGCGAAUGCCCCACAUGCUGGUGGUGUGGACUGGGUUACUGGGCCUAUCUCUGAUGCUCAUUCCUGCUGCUGUGAGUUACCCAGGACUGUUGGUGGUCAGUGUGGUCUAUGGGUUCUGCGCAGGAGCGAUGACGCCGCUGGCCUUUGCGGUAGUGCCGGAGAUCGUAGGUAUCGAGCGAGUGCUGGGAGCCCUUGGCCUCCUGCAGCUCAUUGAGAGUAUUGGAGGGCUGCUGGGAGCACCACUGUCUGGCUGGCUGAAGGACUACACUGGAACAUACACAGUAUCUUUUAUCACUGCUGGAAGUUUCCUCGUGUUAGGUACGUUAGUUACAAUGACUCUUCCCUAUUUCUGGUCUUGUACGGCCCCUCCACCCCCAUCACCAUCAAAGAAGUCAUCUCAGGAUUGCUCCAUGGAAGAUGGACUACUCAAACCAACCAUAUCCUCUUACUCUGUCCCUGAGAAACUGUGCCCCUUGGAUGAUAUGCUUUGCACAGAUACGGAGUUAAGAAUCUGUUCUAAGAGAGAUGUUACACAUCCAGAACAAGAACGAGAAGAAAUACCCUUAGAAAUGAUGCAUCUGACUAAUUUUAAGGAAACAUUAUGAUUUUGUGAUGUAAGAAAAUACCUAAUGGUGGUAGUGCUAGUUUUAGAAGGAUAUUUGGCAUUAUAUCAAACAGGAUAUAGGCAAAUAUUGGAAUUGGAAUAUUGGCCAAAAUGGUUUUAAAACACAUUUUGCAGUAAAACUUUUAAUGGAUCAUUUCAUACAACUUCUACAUUUCAGCAACAUUUCAUACAAAUUUCCCCAAAGCAAAAUAAUAUAUAUAAUUUGCUAUUAGUGCUUUUCGGAUAAAAACAAGACAAUCAAUCCGAUAGAUGCUCUCAGGUUUUGAGAGUUUGAAAGCAGCAGUUUAUGGCUCAGUUUACGGCUCAAAUGUGCAGUUAGCCUAACCUGUAUAAAGUUUAAAACAAAUCUGUCUAAAUGUAAAAAAUGUGGUUAAUUUAAUGAUUCCAUGAAUAUACAAGUAGACAUACACCAUGGUAAAACCAUGUUUUUUAGACAUGCACCAUAAAAUUAGUGCCCUCCGAAAGUAAUACAAUAGGAAAAUAUCAGCAUAAAUCCUUAUGAUCUAAAUGCAACAAAGUAGCUUUGAUUAUCAUUAAAGACCAGCAAUAGUGCUGUUAUUUUUGAUUUAUAUAAUAAUAGCAAUACACAAACGUCACAUUCAGACACCAGCAGCUGUGCAGUGUUAUUUUAGUAUCAUUGAGAUACUAUUAUAGUUUUUAUUUUAUGUAAAGGUAAUGUGCAAAAUGUAGCACUUGGAAUGCUGUCAAUUUGUAAAUUCACAUUCUAAAAAAAAGCCCAAUUCUAGAUUGGGAAAUUUCCCAUCCCGUUUUUCCCAUCACCAUGUCCCUUUAGGGACUCUGUAGAACUCUCUAUUUUUUGUUUAACAAAAUAUCUUUUUAUAGUUUUUCUUAAUGCAAAAUCAUUACAAAAUAAUGAUUUGUGCUGAUAUUGUCCUAAAGGUCAAUAUUUUCUUAGUCAUUUUUAAAUUUAUAUAGGGCACUGUAUAUCAAAUACCAUGGUAGCUAUUACUAUCUGACGCCAGUACACUGUUUUAUUUUUAUUUUCAUUUAUUUUAUUUACUUAUAAAUAAAAAAAAAAACAUUUUUUAUUAUUAUUAUAUUAUAUUAUAUUAUUAGAAUUUUAGUAUUGUAAUAGUGACAUAUUUGACCUCUGGCACUUUCUGACAGGAAGCUGAUUAUGAUGCACAUGUACAGCUUCAGGUUUUGGUGAAGUAAAUGACCUUUGUGGUUUUUAUCAAUUUCAGUUAUUGAGGGGCAUUUUGUAUUCAAGGCUAGUCAAACAUGAGGACUGCUAGCAAGAACUUUCUCGAUUCCAAACAAAGCUUUUACCUGCUUAGUCAUCACAUAUCAGACAUGUUGUCACAUCAAGCAAAAGCUAAGAUAAAGGCAAAACAUUUUCUUGUUUGGUGUUAAAGAGGCUAGUUAUAAUAUACAAAGACAGGGAAGGCAAGCUAAUGCUAGCGUAACAUUGCUAAUCCUGUUCAGCUCCUUAUUCUUUCUCUCUUUCACACACUGCUUACAUUUCCUUGAUUACAUCUGGUUUUUUCUUGUUCUUGAGUUGCAUAGAAAUAUGUUUUCAAGAUGUUCUUUUACAUUCCAGGUCUCAGAGUAUUGACGUAGUUUAUCCACUGAGGUCGCUGACUUAAAUUCACUUAUGAAUCAUUGACCAAAGUGUUUGUUACAUAUUGUGUUCUUCAAAGCCUUUUCUUUUUGUUUAAAUGUUUUAUUUGACAUAAUACAAGAGAUUUACUGUGCACACACACUAGUGUAGAUUAAUUUCUACCUUGUUAGUUCUCUGCUUCACAUGGAAAACCCUUGAAUACUAGUCAGAAAUGCUGUUUUAAAGACACACUUCUCAUAAAACCAAACACAUGAGCCUUAAUCUUCAUAGACUGAGAGUCACUGAGCUCAGCCACUGCCAGACUUUGCUUUCUCAUGUGAGAGGCUCUUAUUGCAUUGAGAUUGGCUGCACACAUGCUAAAGGCAGCACUGCCUUUAUGCAAUUAAACAUGCAGUUUAGCCAGUAGACCUCAGUAUGCUGGCAUAGUAUGAGAAGUGAAACUCCUCUUGAAGUUGGAUCAGUUCAGUAGCGUUAUAAAGACAGCUUGACAGCAGUGCAGUUCAAUCACAGUAGGUCUAUUAGCAUUGGAUUGCCAAAGCAGGCAACGACUUUAAACAUUUCAUCAUCUGGUUCUUUGAAAUGUAUAGCUUUAGAACUACACUGCACAAGUUGACUUUUGAUCUAAUUGAAAGUGUGAGUGGAAUUUGUCACCUGAGCCGAUCCGGAAGUCUUAACUUUUACCAGCGUACCAGCUGAUAGCAUGUGCCUGUUAUGCUUUAAUUUUCCAGGAAGAGCACUGUGUGGUAAGACGCGGUUAGGUUUUAUUGGUACAAUUAAAUCUGUGUUUUAAGUAGACAGAUUUGUGUUUUAAUGUGGUUAAAUAAAAUGCUAUUUGAAAAAAGUC